CGGUACUCUCAGUGCACAUGAUAACAAGCAUAUGUCAGGUAUGCGCCUAAAGUGUUGUAAUCAUAUCCUCUUUUUGAAGUUCUGAUCUACAUUGAACCCCCUUCAAUUUCCUCAAGUUAUGAACAACAGCUGACUCGAAAAUGCUUCGAACAAGUUUACUUCACUGGCUGCCGCGAAGGCCAUACUCCUCUGCUCUGUACAUCACCGGUGACAAAGCCAAGGAACAGUAUGCUCCUUUGGUGCCCUACCUGGACUUCCAGUCAAAACUAUCGGACCUCGAGAAGCUUCAGCGGAAUUUGAAACUUCGGCGAUACCAGCUGGAUUUUGAACAACUCAAGAAUCAAUGGGAUCUCUACCGGUCGAUGCAGUUACGCAAACGGGACAUCGAAGCCCGGAGAGUUGAACUAAAGGAGCAAAUCAACAAAUCAAAAUGUGAGGACGAGAUCAAGCAGCUGAAGAUGCAGGCAACGCUCGCCAGGGAUGAUCUGAAGAACCUGAAGGAAAGUAGUUACGCAGUAGCGGAUAAGUUCGUCGCUGGAACAUUCCUCGCCAUUCCGAAUGAGCUGCACGAGAGGACACCGGCGGAGCAUGAACAGGUGUUGCACGAGCGGAGUUCGUCCAGAAAUGCUAGCCCGAUUGGAGAGGAAUGGUUGGAGAAGUACGAUUCGACGAGUUUCUACAUGACGGAGGAUGCCGCCUUCAUGGACCUCUUCCUGCCAAUGAACUGUGCCGGUGUACUGCAGGAUGCUGGAUUUCUACUCUUCUCCAAUCCAGAUUUCGCGCGCAGUGUUCUGGUGGAAGCAGCUCGAGUGGACCCCAACUCGAUCUACCUCAUCAACGAAGAAGUGGAUCUGGAACACAAACUGAACCUGCUGCACUUGUGCGGUGGAGGAUCCAUGCUGAGCUUCCUCGGAUAUUUGACCAAGCUUUCGGUGUUUCCGACGGCACUACCGCUGCGAUUGGUUGCCAUCGGCAAGCAGUAUUUCUACGACAAGACGCAAACCAGUGCGGUACAAAUGUUGGGCGCCAGUCAGCAAGGACCAGAAGCGGUUCAAAUAUUUGACGAAACAGUUGAGCUGUACAAGAAGUUCUACGAUCAAAUGGAGUUGAGCUACAGGUUGGUGCAAGUUCCAGCUCAUCGCUUGGAAGCAUCGGAGGCGAUGCGCGUGGAUGUUGAGGUUUACAGUCCACGAUCGAAGAACUUCAUGGCGGUUGGUAACGUUUGCUACUACUCCGAUUUCACCAGCAAACGGAUUGCGUUCAACUACCACGAAGGGAAGGUUCAGAAGUUCCCGCAUUUGGUGUCCGGAACCGUACUGAAAGCGGCGAACCUCAUCGAAGUUCUGCUGCAGAAUGGCAUUUGUUACAAAGAUUUGAAGUUUCUCAAUAGAUAAAUGAGGGUGGAAAUAAAUUUAGUUUUAAAUUAGAAAAAAUAUAA